AUGAUGCUAAACAAUCGGAUUCAUAGCAUAUCGAGACUUCAGUCUGCUUUAGCAAAGGCAGAGGAGUAUCUUUCUAAGUUUCCUCCAACUACACCAUAUUCUGAAUUUCAGUUUGACUUGCAAGGCAUGGGGUUUGAGAGAGGGUGGGGUGACACAGCACAGCGGGUGUCAGAGAUGGUGCAUCUGCUCUUGGAAAUUCUUCAGGCUCCUGAUCCCUCUACCCUGGAAACUUUUCUUGGGAGGAUUCCUAUGGUGUUCAAUGUUGUCAUUGUGUCUCCACAUGGCUACUUUGGCCAAGCAAAUGUCUUGGGUUUGCCUGAUACAGGCGGGCAGGUUGUUUAUAUACUGGAUCAAGUGCGCGCCCUGGAGAAUGAGAUGCUUCUUAGAAUACAAAAUCAAGGACUGGGUGUGAUACCAAAGAUUCUGAUUGUUACCCGACUAAUACCUGAUGCAAAAGGGACAACAUGCAACCAAAGAUUGGAAAGAGUCAGUAGUACAGAACACACACACAUCUUACGGGUACCUUUCAGGACUGAGAAUCGAAUUCUGCGGAAAUGGCUUUCAAGGUUUGAUGUGUGGCCUUACUUGGAGACCUUCGCAGAGGAUGCCUCGAAUGAAAUUGCAGCUGUGUUGCAAGGUGUUCCAGAUCUGAUCAUUGGAAACUACAGUGAUGGAAAUCUUGUUGCAACUCUGUUAUCUUAUAAACUAGGAAUUACACAGUGCAAUAUUGCUCAUGCAUUGGAGAAAACAAAGCACCCAGAUUCUGAUAUAUAUUGGAAAAAACACGAGGACAAGUACCAUUUUUCUAGUCAAUUCACUGCU